GUUUUGUUGACUCUGUCUUGUAAAAUUUUUAUUUCACGAAUAAAAGUGUCACUUGGCGUUCUUUACCAAUUUUUCACAAUUUCCAUGAAAUCUCAACGUUAUACCACGUGAAAAUACGACCAAAUUGACCGGAAAAUAUCGGUGCACGUCGGUGUGGUAUUUGUGAUAGCAAAAUAUUAUCGAAACGAUUGUAAAGAACAAAUGUGAAAAAGUGCGCGCGAAUCAGUGUCGUAGCUCCCACAUCAACUUUUGUCAUAAUAAAAAAAAAAUCCAUUUCGUUCAGCACCCAUUUUAUGACCGAGUGACCGCCGGACGAAUCAACAACAACAAAACGAAAAUGAUUUCGAAAAAACAGAAACGAAAAAUUUUCAUACCAAAAGCGGCCAACCUUCGAAAAUGUUACGUACAAUUGGGUCAAAUCGAUAACAUCCUCACUCGCAUCAAUCCCACCAAGCGAAAGUCGUCCGGCAAAAUCGGAACGCCAGCACCGCCCGGCACAAAGCUGAUUCGUGUGAAAAGCGAUCUGUUCCGGAAAACGUCAACGCCACUGGCCACCAGCGAGCGCGCAUCGAAACGGACACCGAAGCCGAAUCGACGGUACGUCAACGAGGAGACCGUUAUCACGUCGACAUGGAUGGAAAAGGAAGACAGUUCGGUGCAGCCGUCGGAAAUUGAUGAUGAUGAUGAGGACAUGGAUGAACGGAUGGCGGAGUCGAAUCGGAAGGGUGGAAAUAAGAUUCCCGGACCAAGAAGUCGUACGAUGAAUAAGGGAGCGGAUAAGUUGCUAAAGCGGAAAAAUUUUGAUGAAAAACCCGGACCGAGACAACACAAAAAGGGUCAUUACUCCAGCGACGAUGACUACGAAGAAAUGGUCGUAACUUCUGACUCGGAGCCAUCGACUACACGCAGACAAAAGGAAUCGAUUACACCCAAGACAAAUCCCUUGAAAUCAACGCCACGUCAGUCUGCCCCCAGGCAAGUGAACAGUCGAGCUCGGCCACUGAUCAAACUGCCGCCAACGUCCAAACAGAAAUCCUCUCCAUCAACCCGAUCACCUCCAACCAAACCGAAUUCCAACAAAGCAUCGCCACUGGCCAACGCAUCGAAUAAAUUGGCCAAAACCAAGGAAGUGUCGCCGAUAUCCAAGCCAAAUGUGGUCGUGGAUUUGGAGGAUUUCGAACAGAUGCCCACGUUCACCAUCGUCAACAUCAAUGACAUCAUCAAUCAGAAGGAGGAGGUCGUCGUCAUUGAAAAGUCACCGCGAGUGCCCGGCAAAAAGGUGAACAAAAUUCCGACGAAAAAGAGCGAACAACGCGAACCGGAAGAUCUGGUCGCCGAAUUGAUGCAGGAAGACGACGAUUUCGAAACCAAAACGGACACAACCAACACCAAAACGCCUAGUCGCCGUAAGACACCGCACAAAGUCCUGUCCGAUCAGGUUGUACAGCCGUCGGCCACAAAGGAAACGAAACCGAUUCCGAAUAAAUCGACGCCAAUCGGCACAAAACCGUAUCGCAACAUCAUCGGCGGUAAAAACAAUGGCAAACUGAAGGAAGUUGUAACGCCACCGGCUACCACGGCUGCGAAACAACCACCUCGAAUAUUGAACUCGCAACUCUGCACCAACGCCGAUUCGGAAUUAACGUCAGUCAUGGCGCACAUAACGUCACCGAAGAAGACACUGAACAACAACAUCAAAACCGCGCUGAACCGAUCGAAGGAAAACAUCAAACAGCCAGUGAAACCGGCUCCUGUCACGAACAUUACAACGAUAUCCGGCGGCCGAAAAGUGCGCAAAAUCACCUGCUUCGAGACAUGGUUUGUCAUCAAAUUGCCGCACAUCGAACCGAUCAACACCCAAUCGGUACUGGACAUAGAGCUGAUCAAACUCGGCAACGAAAUCAAAGAAAUUCCACUGCCGACCGCCGACUGGAACUACAAAAUCUCAUUGACCCGCAUCACCAAACCGAAUACGACCGGUCUGAUUUACAGCGGUGAAGUGCAAGAGGCGAACAUCAAAGAGGAAGAGCGACACUUCUACCAACCCACCACGAUCAUGUUCCGGCGCGAAUGCAAAAACAAAGCGUUGCGAAUGCAAUUUGACCGGGCGGUUAUCAUGAAGAAUCGAAGUUUCUUCAUCAAUGUGGACGGGAAGAAUGUGAAAUUGAUUGGAGCACCGCAAUUUUUACAGAAUUUCGAGGACAUUGAGACAUUGCUGCAGAUCGUUGAGAAUAUAUCGCUGACCGAUCCGCUCGUCGAACAGACGACGUACGUCAUUUAGCGGUCACAACCUGUAUAUCGUUCAUUGCACCCGCACCCAUUACUUGAUUAGAAUUUUGUUUAAGUUAACCUUAGGAUGGUACGGAAAAUUAUAUUUUUAUUUCGCCGCGCAGACGCAUAUACCCUCAGGCGAUGAUUAGAGAUUUGAAUUAAAAAUUUGUUAAAUUAUACAAACGCGCGAGAGCAAUUAAGUCUUUCUCUCU